ACAGUUGAAAAUCAAAGUGUUUAGGUGACCGGUCGUUUGAUUUUCAAAGGGAGUUGGUGCGUCUUUUGUGUUGGCUGCACUUCUUGUGUAUGUGUUGUUCAUCCCACCAACCCAACACUGUGUUCUCUGGCAAGCCCCAGUUCAGUCCCAGACUCUCUCUAUUCGAGAUGGAAGGUGAUUCUAUGGUAAAUGUGACAUUGGAGAAUGAUAAUCAAGGGACUUCUUGUGAUAAGGAGAGAGUUGAUGGUGACAAAGUAGAGGAACACAAUGUAGGAGGGUUAGGGAAUGAAGAAGUAGAAACACCCAGGGCCGGGAUGGUGUUUGUCUCUCCGGAAGAGGUUCGUAAUUACUAUAGCAAGUUUGCUCAGCGUGAAGGCUUUGGUAUAUACAGAAGAAGUUCAAGGUGUAGGGAUGAUGGCAAGUUAAAUUACUUUACUCUUGCAUGUGCAAGAGCUGGAAAGCGGGAAAGCACGGCAAAGAAAAAGUUUUCAUUGAGACAGUCUCCUAAAACGAAUUGCAAAGCCAAAGUUAAUGUUGCACUUGGCUCUGAUGGGAAGUUCCAUCUGUGUCAUGUCAUUCUUGAACAUAAUCAUGAACUGAGUCCAGGGAUGUUUCAUAGUAAUAGAUGCAAAAAAAGUGGGGGUCCUCGAGCACAAAGAAGAAGUAAAGCAAAAGAUCCAGCGGAAGCAAUAGUGCACCAAGAUUAUCCUUCUCUUGUUGGUGUAGCUACAAGCUGUGAAAUUAUACCAUCAGUUGAUUCUGCAGUGGAAGGAGUCAAUGUUACUAAACAGUUAGCAAAUGGUGACAAGCAUCACCUAUUCCCAAAUACUGGCCAUCCUACAUCUGAAAGCACGCUCAAUCAUCUAAAGAGAAGAAGUUCAGCCCUUGAGAACUCCCAAAACUCACAAGAUGUUUUUAAGCUUGCCCUUGCUAAGAAGGCUGUGGAACUUGUGAAAUCUGGAAUGGUGAUUGGACUGGGAACAGGAGGUACAUCUCUCGUCAUUGAAGAGCUUGGAAAACUAAUUGGUGAAGGAAAGUUGAAAGACAUUGUCGCAGUUGGAGCAAACUACCAUUCACGACUUCUAGCUAAACAGUUUGGUUUGAGAACGGUUGAUUUGAAUGAUGUUGAUAACAUUGACAUUGUGUUUGACGGGGUAGAUGAAGUGGACUUCAAUAAAAACCUGUUAAAGGGAGGGGAAGCUGCUCAUACUGUUCAGAAGGUGGUUUAUUCCAUGGCAAAUGUGUGCAUAAUAUUAGCUGAACACACAAAGGUUGUUCAUCGGCUUGGUAGCAAGUUUCCAGUCGCAGUUGAAGUUCUCCCACUUGCCACAUCACCUGUUUCAAGGCGGCUCAUUGCUCUUGGAGGAGUUCCUGAAAUUCGAUCUGCCCUAAGGAAGGAUGGUCCAGUUAUCACAGAUCUUGGGAAUAUGAUUAUAGAUGUGAGCUUCCCGAAUGGGAUACAGAACCCAGCUGAGCUUGAGAAGAACAUCAAUGUGAUACCGGGUGUAGUUGAUAAUGGCAUUGUUUCUGGGGUUGCAACAUCUGUGCUGGUUGCAGUUAGAGAUGGCGGUCAUGUCAAUGUGAUGAACUUGGAGGAGUUUGUUGAAGUUGUGCUUGGCUGGAGAUAUGCAACUUCUACCUUGUAACCAGUUUUGAGUGGCACCCUGCUUUAUUAAGAAAUACUUAACCAUUUAGUCAGGAGAGGGAGAUAGAAAGGGUUUGAUAGGCAUGCAGCCCUUGGGCAUGUUUUUGACAGGAGAAAUCACUGAUCUGAACAUCUAGUAAUGAAGUUCGCUUUAUUUAGGAAGACUUCUUGUAAUCUAUCGGUUAUUUUUACUAUUUCAAGUUGCUGUAUGGUGGAUACCUGUGUGCUUCAAACAUCAAUUGUGCAUAGGUUGGUUUGCUUUGGUUUUGAAUA